AUGGGCAGUCAACCGACUCUUCAGAACAAGUGGGCGGUCAUCGGAGGAGCCCUCGGCCUCAUAACUUACGACCACAUGAUCUCGAUUGGUCGCGAGGUUGAGUACGUCUGGAGGAAGAAGAUGACGACUGCAGGCGGAAUAUAUAUCGCCAUCCGCUACGCAUCGUUGACCUCCAACAUGCUCAUAUUCGUCAAUUUCUUCCCUUGGCCUGGAAAAUCAUCACCAAAGUACGCAACUGCGACUGUUCGCGCCUCCUCUCCUUUGCAGUGUGCAGGGAUCACCGUGGCGUUUGAUUUAAUGGGUGCUAUCAUCAUCAUGGGCGCCGCAUCGUUCUCGUCACUGCGAGCGUACGCGUUGUGCCAACGCAAAUACAUUGCUGUCAUAGUUUUAGUGCUAGGGUGUAUGAACGCCGUCCCCUCGAUCUACGCCGCGAUUAGGAACAGGGCCGGAUACAACCCAGGACCCAACAACCUCCGCACCGUCUGCGACGUAGAUUUCUCGCAAUUCCUACCACUCCGAAAUGCACUUUGCUUUGUCAACCUCUUGAAUCUUGUUUUGGUCAACCACGUCGAGCUUUUGCUCAACCUCCUCGGCAUCAUCAGCACCACGACGGUGGUCUUGACCUGCCGCUUCAUCCUCGACUUGUUCGAAGCGAGCGACGGCACGCGCAUGGACACCCUCCCAACCGUGCCCAGCAUGGCGCCGUCGCGCGCCGUCGCGUUCCGCAACGUCGGGACCGUCAGCGCGAGCGGACCUUCGCAAGGGGUGUUCGACGCGGACCUCACGUGGCGCGCCGUAGACGACGGCGAGAGCGUCUGCGACAACAAGCACGACUACGGCUACGAGCUCCAGGUGAACCCGGGUCGGAAGUAG